AAUCAGACGUAGAAAAGAACGAUAAGCAAAUAUUUUUAGUUCAUAUUUUCGGGUUUUUUGCUAUUACAUCAUCAAGAAAUUUCAAAAUUUUGCAUAAAAAAUGUUAAAUUUUUAGAAAAAUUUAGAAAAUUUCAAGAAAAUUGAUAAGGAAAACAAAAAAGACAUUAUGUUUUUAUUAAAGUUACUUUUAAUAUUAACAAUUUUUAACUCAAUAAAAUGCCAGCCUCCUCAAUUCAAUAUUGGUGCCAUUUUUGAUGCUCCGAAUUCAGAAUUGGAGUUGGCAUUUAAAUCUGCGGUGGAAAGGUCAAAUGUACAAGAGCGCAGUUUCGAAUUGGUACCCCUAAUGGUAUAUGCCGAUUCUGAUGAUAGUUUUAUUAUGGAAAAGACAGUAUGUAAUUUAGUUUCUCAAAAAGUUAUUGCUAUUUUUGGACCUCUGACAGGCGAAAGUUCCGAUAUAGUGGCCUCCAUGUGCAACACCCUUGAUAUACCCCAUAUCACUUUCGAUUGGACACCUAGUGAAAAUCUAGCCGAAAAACCUUUCCGAGAUAUGACUUUAAAUCUUCACCCCGAUAAUCUGCUAUUUUCACGAGGUGUGGCCGAUAUUGUGCAAAGUUUCGGUUGGCGUUCCUAUACUUUGGUAUAUGAAUCGGAAAAGGAAUUGCUACAACUUCAAGAUGUUUUGCAGAUCGGUAGUCCCACCAGUAAUCCCACUACGGUACUUCAAUUGCCCAGUGAAACUGACGAUUAUAGGCCUUUUCUGAAAGCCAUUAAAACUUCAACUGACAACUGUUUAAUACUACAUUGUGAGGUAGAGAAAAUUCCGACUAUAUUAAAACAGGCCAAUGAUCUGAAAAUGUUGGGAGAAUAUCAGAGCAUUUUCUUACCCAUUCUGGAUACUCAUACUUUGGACUUGCAGCCGUUUUAUGAAAUUGGUGCCAACAUCACCACCAUUAGAUUAAUGGAUCCCACGGAUUAUCAGAUAAAAAAUCUAGUCAGAGAUUGGGAAGAUCUUAAGAAAAAAGAUAAAGAAUACUAUAGAGUCGAUCCCAAUCAAGUUAGGACCGACAUGCUGUUGGUGAGUGAUGCAGUUGCCAUAUUUGUUAAAGGUUUGGCAGAGCUAAAUAUUGUAGAGGAACUAGAGCCAAUGCAGCUGCAGUGUCGUAGAAAUAAGGCCUGGCCACAGGGUAGAACAAUUAAAGAGUUUUUAAAAGCGCGCUCUGGUGAGGCAAUGUCGGGACGUGUAGAUUUCAAUCAAUAUGGCCAAAGAAGUUUUUUUACUUUACGUUGCAUGGAAAUCACAAAUGCCGGACUUUUAGACUUGGCUACUUGGGAUCCCGUCAAUGGCUAUGAUCUGUUGGGUGACGAUGAUGCCAGCGAUAAGCGGGUCGGUGUUAAAUUGCAAAAUAAAACUUUUGUCAUAACCUCACGCUUAGGAUCGCCAUUUUUAAUGAACCGCGAGGCCAAAGAAGGUGAAAUCCUGGAGGGUAAUGCUCGCUACGAGGGCUAUUCUUUGGAUCUGAUAGAUGCUAUAGCGAAAUUGUUAAAUUUUAAAUAUGUAUUCGAAUUGGCACCCGAUGGUAAAUAUGGUGGCUACAAUAAGGUCACUAAAACCUGGGAUGGUUUGGUUAAACAAUUGAUCGAUGGUAACGCCGAUUUAGGCAUUUGCGAUUUAACCAUGACUUCUGCUCGACGUCAAGCCGUGGAUUUUACACCUCCGUUUAUGACGCUGGGCAUAAGUAUUCUGUAUAUAAAACCCGAAGUUAAACCGCCCAAUUUGUUUUCGUUUCUUUUGCCCUUCUCCAAAGAUGUUUGGGUGUAUAUGGCUACUGGCUAUUUGGGUGUUUCACUGUUACUUUUGUUAUUGUCACGCAUGGCACCAGAGGAUUGGGAAAAUCCUCAUCCCUGCAAGGAACCCGAAGAAUAUGAAAACAUUUGGACUCUAACGAAUACUACGUGGUUGACAAUGGGCUCGAUUAUGGGUCAAGGAUGUGAUAUAUUGCCAAAAGCCUCUUCGACCCGCUUGGUUACCGGUAUCUGGUGGUUCUUCGCCUUGAUGAUGUUAAACUCUUACACAGCCAAUUUGGCGGCGUUUUUGACCAUGUCACGCAUGGGUACAUCCAUCAAUAGUGCCGAAGAUUUGGCCACACAAAAUAAAAUUAAAUAUGGAUCUGUUUUGGGCGGCAGUACUAUGUCGUUUUUUAGAGAUUCAAAUUUCACCACCUAUCAACGCAUGUGGGCAUCUAUGGAAUCGGAUCCGACCGUCUUUACGAAAAGUAAUGACGAGGGUAAAGAACGUGUCCUGAAGGGUAAACGUUUAUAUGCCUAUCUAAUGGAAUCUACUGUGCUGGAAUAUAUGGUGGAAAGAGAUUGUAGUCUGAUGCAAGUUGGAGGCUGGUUGGAUUAUAAAACUUAUGGCAUAGCCAUGCCCUUUAAUUCUCCUUAUCGCAAACAAAUAAGUGGCGCCGUUUUAAAAUUGGGUGAGGCGGGCGCAUUGGCAGAGUUGAAAAGAAAAUGGUGGAAAGAAAUGCAUGGCGGUGGCAAAUGUGAAAAUGUGGCUGCAGCAUCCAGUGAUACACCCGAAUUGGAUUUGGAAAGUGUGGGUGGUGUAUUUUUGGUUUUAGGUUUGGGUCUCUUGUGUGCCAUAAUUAUAGGUUUGGUGGAGUUUUUGUGGAAUGUCAAAUCAGUGGCAGUAGAUGAAAAGUUAACUCUUAUGGAGGCCCUUAAAAUGGAAACUUUAUUUGCCCUAAAAUUCUGGAUAGCCACAAAACCAGUACAUGCCAGUUCGGCCGAUUCUAGCUCUAGUUCCAGCUCAUCUUCCUCCUCCUCGUCACGCUCUAAAUCCUCAAAGUCUGGAGGUCUAUCUAUUUCUCACAGUUUGAAGUCGAUUAAAAGUUCUAUACCCGAAACUGUGCGAUCUUCUGUCCAUGAGAGACUUAGAAAAAUUGGUUCCAUAUUUUCUCUUAAAUCUAUGAAAUUGGAUAAAUCAGAAACUGAGGUAGAAGCUCCGCCGGUAUUGGCUAUUAAACCAAAACCCAUAGUGACAACUGAGGAUAAAGCCAUACAAAUUGAAAUAAAGCGUGAUUUGAAUGAGGGCAAGGAAGCUCCACAUCAUCAUCACCAUCAUCAACGCCAUCAACAACAACAGGAUACUAAAGAGAAGGACACUGCAGAGGAACCAGAGCCGGCAGUAGAAAAUCAUCACCACCAUCAUCAUCAUCAACGCCAUCAACAAGACACUAAAGAGAAGGAGACAGCAGAGCAGCCAGAGCCUACAACAGAAAAUCACCAACAUCAACACCGUCACGAGCACAAAGGACGCAAGCGUGACAGUAAAAUAAGUUCGAAAAGUCAUAUGAAUGUUUAAUAGUUUUGGAAUUAAAUAGUUUUUUUGUUAGUUCACAGUAAGUAAUAAACGAAAAUUUUGUGGUUUCAGU